UUUGUACAUUAAUAAUAUUUUUAUAAUAAGAAGGGCCACAUUGUAUAUAUAUAUAUACCCGAUGUAAUCAAUUGUAGAGCAUUAUUAAGGGGCGCCGGGCAGUAGUGACGCUCAAUUUCCGAUAGUAUAAGAGCUUCCAUUUUCUUUAUAUUUUAUUUACCAUGCAAGUACACAAUUCACUUCAUAAAAUGGAACAAGACAAGAUACUUAUAUGUAAUAUAUGUAAAACGCAUAUACUGAAAGGGUUUAAAGAUAUUAUAGCAGAGAAAUGUUUAGUUGAAAAUGUUACUAACACGCGAAAAACAACAACAUGGUGUCAUCAAUUAACGAAUGACCCAGAAUUCGGACAAGUUUAUGUUCGUGGAAUCGAGUGCAGUACUUGUGGGAAUCCAGUUGGACUUAGCAUUAUGGAGUAUGGAUACUCUUGUCCAAUGAUCGGGAAAUAUGAUUCAACCGAUACUCUACAAGAUUAUGCGACAGCAUUGCAACACAUUGAAAUUGAGAACAAUGAGCGAUUACUAUGGUGGAAGUUACAGAAUCAUCAAUUCGAAGAGAUUGAUCAAUUAUAUGACCAAGAAGAUAUAAAUUUCUACACUGAAACAAAAUCUAUGGAAUUUAUAUCUGGUCAAUAUUUACUUGAAUUACAAUCUUUGAUCCUUGUUGAAUUGUGAGAAAAAGAAACAGGAGGUCAACUGACUAUUUUUAACGCCUAAUGAAGAAGAAUUAUAAAUAAUAAUAAUAUUAAUGAUCUAAUCAGUGUAGGAUAUUCCCAUCCUCUCUUAAUUUGUAAAUAUAAUUGCCAUGUAACAGGUUUGUAAAGC